CAGGAAAUGAAACCCCGCUGACCAGUCGGGCGUCCGCGUCCGCUCCGGAAAAGCGGCGGCCGGCGUGGGCCGCGCGGGGAUGGGCGACCGCGUGACCUAGUGUCUAGCAGCGGGGAGGAGCCGGCCGGCCAUUCUCGCGGGGGCGGAUCCAGCGGCUGCGGGAGCGCGGGAGCCGAGGGAGCGGCGGGCACAUCCGGAACCGUCCGGCCGCCUGAGCGCCCUGAGCCGCGCCACCAUGAACGGGGAGGCCAUCUGCAGCGCCCUGCCCACCAUCCCCUACCACAAGCUCGCCGACCUGCGCUACCUGAGCCGCGGCGCGUCAGGCACCGUGUCGUCGGCGCGCCACGCAGACUGGCGCGUUCAGGUGGCAGUGAAGCACCUGCAUAUCCACACGCCGCUGCUCGACAGUGAAAGAAAUGAUGUCUUAAGAGAAGCUGAAAUUUUACACAAAGCUAGAUUUAGUUAUAUUCUUCCAAUUUUGGGAAUUUGCAAUGAGCCUGAAUUUUUGGGAAUAGUUACUGAAUACAUGCCAAAUGGAUCAUUAAAUGAACUCCUACACAGAAAAAUUGAAUAUCCUGAAGUUCCUUGGCCGUUGAGAUUCCGCAUCCUGCAUGAAAUUGCACUGGGUGUAAAUUACCUGCACAAUAUGAACCCUCCUCUACUUCAUCAUGACUUGAAGACUCAGAAUAUUUUAUUGGAUAAUGAAUUUCACGUUAAGAUUGCAGAUUUUGGUUUAUCAAAAUGGCGUAUGAUGUCCCUCUCACAAUCACGAAAUAGUAAAUCUGCACCAGAAGGAGGGACAAUUAUCUACAUGCCACCUGAAAACUAUGAACCUGGACAAAAAUCAAGGGCCAGUGUCAAACAUGAUAUAUAUAGCUAUGCAGUUAUCACAUGGGAAGUUUUAUCCAGAAAACAGCCCUUUGAAGAAGUCACCAAUCCUUUGCAGAUUAUGUAUAGUGUGUCACAAGGACAUCGGCCUGACACUAAUGAAGAAAGCCUGCCAUUUGAUAUACCUCAUCGAGCACUUAUGAUCUCUUUAAUACAAAGUGGAUGGGCACAAAAUCCAGAUGAGAGACCAUCUUUCUUGAAAUGUUUAAUAGAACUUGAGCCAGUUCUGAGAACAUUUGAAGAGAUAACUUUUCAUGAAGCUGUCAUUCAACUAAAGAAAACAAAGAGUGCUUCAAGUAUUAUUCACGUAUGUGAUAAGAAGAAAAUGGAGUUAUCUUUGAACAUAUCUGUAAAUCAUGGCCCACAGGAGGAAUCAUGUGGAACUUCUGAGUGCUAUAAAAGUAGUGGUUCUUCUAUAACCUCAAGGUCCCUGUCAGCUCCUCAAGACAACUGCUUUUUAUCUAGAAAAACACAAGCAUAUCCUGUGCCGCAUCAAUGUCCAGUAAAUCACAGCUGGGAGAGUAAUGCUUGUAUAGCUCCGAGAAUGACAUUCUGUGAUCAUAAGUGCAGUCUACCCUCUUCAGCAAUAAAUUCACUCUCAGCUGAGGGAAAUUCAGAGCGACUGCAGCCUGGUGUAGCCCAACAGUGGAUCCAGAGUAAAAGGGAAGACAUUGUGAACCAGAUGACUGAAGCCUGCCUUAACCAAUCACUAGAUGCCCUGCUGUCCAGGGACUUGAUCAUGAAGGAGGACUAUGAACUUGUUAGUACUAAACCUACAAGGACCUCAAAAGUCAGACAACUACUGGACAUCACUGAUAUCCAAGGAGAAGAAUUUGCCAAAAUUAUAGUACAAAAGUUGAAAGAUAAUAGGCAAAUGGGUCUUCAACCUUACCCAGAAACACUUUUAGUGUCUCACUUACCAUCUUUAAAUUUGCUUCAGAACAAAAGCUUAUAAGUGACUCUUUUUCAAGAAGAAAGGUCAGUUUUAUAAAAGAGUAUUUUAUAUUUCUGAUAUUUUGAUCAAAUUGUUUUUAUAAAACCCA